UUCUGACGGAGAAGACUCCCCGGCACAUGCUCUACCUCGGCCGCUGGGCUAACUGGGCGCGGGUUGGCGCCGAGGCGGCAGCGUCCAGGCUCGCUUCUGCUUCGGGGAUGCCCAAGAAGGGGAAAGGCCAGAGUAAGGAGCUGGUGAAACCACUUCCUCCCGCUGGACCUGUGGCAGUUGAUCAGAGUGGUUCCAUUACAAUAGCCAUUCAUGCCAAACCUGGCUCCAAACAAAAUGCCAUAACAGAUGUGACAACAGAAAACAUAAGUGUAGCUAUUGCUGCACCUCCAUCAGAAGGGGAAGCUAAUGCAGAACUAUGUCGGUAUCUUUCCAAGGUCCUGGAACUUAGGAAGAGUGAUGUUAUCUUAGAUAAGGGUGGUAAGUCUCGUGAAAAAGUGGUAAAGAUUUUGGCAUCUACAACUCCAGAAGAGAUUUUGGAGAAAUUGAAAAAGGAAUCAGAAGCUCCCUAAAACAAACAGAAAUGGGCAGAAAUAAACAUUAUGUUUUUUGGAACUUUUUUUUAAAUACUAAAAAGGUAAAUUCAUAAAGAGAAGAAUCUAGACAAUACUCGGAAGAAAAACAGGUCUCUGAAAAUAUUCUCCAUGGAAUGCUGGAAAAGUUAAAAUAUCAUACAACUCAUAAGGCAAAGAACGCUGCAGCCAAACUUCAGUUACUACUGGAAAUACUCAAACCAAACCAUUAUGGUGCAGUUCUUAAAAUUUAGAACUGGUUUGUUAAUAUUAUGUGACUCCCCUAACGCUCAUUUUACAGACCGUUACUUAAGUUUUAUGGAGCCGUACACUUAAAGAGUGGAAAGGGACCUUAGAAAUGACCUGCUGUACCUAUCUCAUUUUACACAUGAACAAACAGUCUCAGAGAGACCAAGAGACUUGCCCAAGGUCACACAGGUCAUGAGCAUCACUGAGAUUAGAGCUCACAGCUCUUCACUCCAAUGACAGUGUCCUGUAUAUACCACACCAUUGCCUUGCUUGUUAUUUACAAGUUUUAAGAGACAUAAAAACGUAUAGAAGCAGCUUGGCAGAAUGAGUAGAGCCCUAGACUUGAAGUCAAGGACUGUCACUUCUCUGAGCUUCAGAAAAGUCUCUAAGGCUGUAGAUUAUAGAUGGGUUGAGAUGUGGGCUGGUUGACAAAAUCAUACAUCCUUGACUUAUUCUGUGAAGAAAACAUGGUGGAUUUGUUGAUUUACAAUUGGGGAAUAACAUUUAAAAUGUAUUUUUAAAAAGACCUCUCUCUUUUUGUCUUUUCUCCAUACCUACCUGGAAAUGUUUUCUUAGAUUAUAUUAAUCAAGUCUCCCCUUAAACUAUGUUCCAAGUUACUAUAUCAUACACAGAUACCUUCCUCUGCAAUUGCUAAAGUACUUUACAUUAGAGAUAUCAUUAAUUAGGAAAGAUUGACUUAAUGAUUUCAUGUGUCUAAGUAAUGUUUUCUUUUUUCUUUAUUUGCUUAUUUAUGUAUUUAUUUAUUUAUACUUUUUCCCCACCUUACAUGUAAAAACAAACUGUAACAUCG